AUGACGGAUGUCCCUGUCAGCCACGAUGUCUCACUAAUCACAGAUGAGAAACUUCCGCACUUGGAAAGUCCUGCAGGCUCACCACGGAUAACAGGAUGGGCCUGUAUAGAGAGGUUCUGCGUGGUGGUCCGAUAUUUAUCUAUCAGAGUAACAUUUCUACCGGAAACGUCCGUUCCUGCAAAGCGACAGCUCAAGGAACAGUAUACAUGGGAUCACAGAUAUCCAACCUACGGGACCACGCUCCUUUGGAGGACGGUAGGUAACGGUGAUAAUGUGCCGGAUGCAUCCGGGAGCGUUUUGUGCUUAGGGAGGCCUGGUGACAUGCAGGCACGCGCUGUUCUUUUCCAGGACUUUGAGGGGCAGGUGGUGAAAUCGGAAGACGUACAGGGUCCUGAUAGUGCUAAGUUUAGAGGGGGCUUCCUUCUUCCGGAGGAGAUCCAAAAAUCCGAGAUAGUGAUGAGUUGA